UCCAAAUAAUUUGGCUUUGCCUUUUUAGGAAUUUGUUUUAUUGAUAAGCAUAUUUGGUAUUUAACAUAAUGGCUUCGGUAAAGGGAGACUGUGUUGUUUUAGUUAAAUGUUUGAAUCCUAAUACUACAGUGGAAAAAUUACAGGAACUUUUGUCCCAAGUAGGUGAAGUAGAGUACAUAGAGUUUGGGAGGGACUCCUUAACUGGAGAGAGUACCGGGAAUGCUCACUGCGCUUUUGAAAGCAGCAGCGGAGCUGCAAAGGCUAUUGAAGAAUUGGAUAAGAAUAUCUUAGAUGGGGAAACCAUCAGAGUGAUGGAAAUUCCCAAGUCAAACUUAGUGUUCUCGGUGAAGUUAGACAGUAGGCCUAAUAAUAGUGAUGAUAAUCAGCCGAUAUACAAAUCCCAAACAAUUCUCCAAAAUCCCCUCAAACUGUCAAUGUUUUCGGGUGACCCCAAACCUAAGGGGGGUGAUGUAACUUUUGAAAUGUGGAAGCAUGAGAUUGACUGUCUGGCUACAGAUGAUAGUUGCAGCCCCAUUACACUUGCACGGCUAGCAAGGCGCUCGCUGCGAGGGGAGGCAGGGCAGCUAGUCCUGAAUUUAAAUGUAGAUGCAACUGUUGAAGAGAUAGUUAGUAAAUUAGAGGGAUUCUAUGGAACUGUAGAGUCUGGGGCAGUGUUGCUCCAGCAAUUGUACUCGGCUCGGCAAGGAAACGAGGAGUCAAUAACUGCAUGCAGUGCCCGCCUGCAGUUGGCUAUUGAUGAAGUAGAACAUAGAAAGGGGGUCUCACCUAAUGCCACAGAUGAAACUCUGCGAGUGGUAUUUUGGAAGGGUUUGAAAAAUGAGUCCCUUAAACAAGCAAUUAGGCACAAAUAUGAGAUUGUUAGAACUUUUGAUGAGUUAGUGAGGGUAGCUAGGCAAGCUGAACAGGAGCAUGAAGAUUUUCAAAAAUUCCACUCCAACUCCCAGCGCUCACGCCCAAAUCGAGUAGGGGUAAAUGCUACUAACUUAAUAGAUAACAAGCCGGACUUAAUAAAGGAGCUGAAAGAAAUUAAAGAUAAACUUAAGGAAAUGGAAAUGCAAGCAGCUAGCAAGGAAAGCAUCAAUAACUCAAGCAGACCUGUCCGUCCCCGUGUCCCAAGAGGACCUUGCUACAACUGUGGACAACCUGGCCACAUUGCCCGAGAAUGCCAAGCUCCCCUUCCUCCUCCCCAGGCUUUCUUCUCUUCUACACCUCCCCCAUUGCUUCCCCAGCCUUCAGCUCAACCUAUUACCCCUCCCCAAAACAUGCAUGUCCCUUUAAACAGAGGGCGACCUCUGCCAAGGGGCGGGCAGUAG